CCACCCCUUGAUUCAUCGCGACAUGGCAGUGUCCGGAGCCCGCUGCCAUUAUGGACACCCGGCCCCGGACUGCACCCCACAUAACAGCUUUCGCACGGGCCAUUGUGCACAAAAGCCGAGGCAUCUCCCGCUCCAAGCCGACUGGAUGCACGCUUCCAUCUCCAUAUUGGACUAUUCGUGGCAUCUACGCAACAACAUUCUUGAAUCAGCUCCAUAUAUCAAGACAGGCACGUUCCGAAGGGUCGGCCGAGUCUCAUUCUCAUAGUCAUAAAAAUCAUGGCCGUGAUUCCAACUCGCCAGCUCGCAUCAACUAGUGUGUAGGUAUCUGACGGCAGAGCCAUUCUUGGUGAAUACAUAUGUACCAACAUAUGAAAAUAUUUGGUUGAGGCCAUAAACUUGACUUCCUUGCCUUCAUCCACAUACAUGUAUAAUUGUGACAAUCAACGCACGUCUUCAAUCAAUGAUGCGGUGGACUGACAAGGCAGUAUUCGUCAAUUCUGGAAUAUAGAGGGAUACCCUUCAACAUUUCCACAAGGCAUGGUAAUUGGGUGUGUGUCUGCCAUCUCAGACAUUCUACCCAAUGGAUUCACGCAGUCACUAUAUGGAUAUUUGUAGCUCACAUCAUAUCUUCACUGUUGUAUUUUUCAAUAUCAUGCUCAAUACAGAGAGGGAUUCACCGGUUUGGGGAAUAAAACCCCCCAGUUCUCCUUUGAUGUCAGUGACAACCCUCAUACCAAGUCUAUGCCCGAUCUCCCUACCGAACAUACACUAUGUCGUCCCCAAGCAGUCUCCUAAAACGUCCAAGAUGGGCCAGCCUCCUACGCCAAAGAGACUACCUCACCCUCAUCACCGAGGUCCUUGACCGCGAAUCAUCCAGAUACGGUAACAGUGCCCUCUUCUCCGCCCAAGAAUACCCAGUCCUCCUCCGCUCAUGUAUCCAUAUCCUCGCCUCUUCUAGUCCUGUUGUCCUCGCAGCUAUCGAAGGCACACUAUCGCGGCGACUCCUUACUGAUCCACAGCUGCAGGAGCAAUAUGCCGUUAUCUCCAACCAAGCCCAUAUCCAGCCCUCGAUAUACAUGCACGAACUAGUGGAUGAUGAUGGCAUAGCGCCGACUUUCGCCCAGUUUAUGCGCGUUCGAGAUGCGGUGAUGCGGUAUGUUGAUGUUGAGAACCAAGGAAACGGCGAGUUCGCAUGGCAGGUAGAUAACACAACUGCUCCACAAGUAACAAGAUCGGCCUCCGAUACAGGCUAUAGAAAGUAUCUGAGCUCACAGCGAGUUUUUCGGUCCGAUACACGUGUGGAGACCCUGUAUAAACUGUGUAGCGGCAUCCUCUGGCGAUGUUCAAUAGUAGCAACGGAGCAAGAACGCAGCACACCGUUGCUCUUCCCGCCAGCAGAAUGUGGAUACUCCAUAGACUCGCAUAAACGUUUAGCUCAACACCGCUUGCGAAGAUCUUCAAACUAUGCCAUGAAUCUGGUCGAAGAUAUAUGUUCCCAUCUCUUCGCGACCCGCGAGUUUGGGCAGCGCUUCUCCAUGCAUGGCCACAUCAUCUACCUCAUCUACCGCGAAGAACAAGCUGCCAUUGCUGAAAUCUUGUUCUCGGGAUUGCUCGAUGUUUGGGUCGAUGACGGGGGCGGGUUCAACGCGUAUCCGGCCGGACGUAGCGUAGCUAGCAUAAAAAAUGUAAACAGGCAGAAGUGGAUGGAGUUGGAAAGGUGGGUCCGGGAGCACAGCGAAUUAGUGAGUAACCUCAACGAGCUACGAGAAAGAACAGAGGCGGAUGUAAAGCGGGUUAGAGACGAAGUGGGGGAUGCUUGGAUAGUUGCAUUAGAAAGUAGUGGUGAUGAAGGGGAGUCGGGAGACAGAGAAUAUGUAGAGGACGAGGGCGAGAGUGGCGACACAUCGGUGGAGUCGCAACUGAGUCUAUUUCACAUCUGAUCUGGUAGAUGUAAAUAAUUUGUCUGGUUAUUGGAUAUCGUCUAAGGAAAUUUUGGUACCAAGACAGGAAGACACGGCCUAGGUAGUGCGACAUAGCUUUUGACACUCACCACCAUCACUCUCUUACUCUCACCACACCGCCGGCAAGGCAACUCCCAUUCAUUUUCACACCUUCUAUCAUCUUCUAAGCCGCUCUCUCCACCGGCAUAACACCUCACACCCACCAUCACCACCUGUCCUUCAACAUCAGCAAACAACAUCCAUCAUCACACUACUCAUCCACAUCCAUAUCCAUUUCAACAGCAACAAC